AAAAUAUAUUUUUUUCACUUCCUUUAACAUCUGCUAACAUAAUGACAGAUCCCGUGUUGUGAAUACAUAUAUACCAACUAUAAACAGCAUCAGUAGCACGGUAUUGAAAUAUCACAAACAAGUUCGUGUUAUCGUGAUAGGCGGAGUAGGGAUAUUUAGGCCACAAUUAUAUAGGACAGUUCACGGCAGGUCACCACAUUCAUUUAAACGUUUCAAAAUAUGCAAUAGGGAAUAGCAUUAGGCUGGCGAUACAUUGACGUAUAUUAUGUAAAGCGUGAUAUAAACCAAGAACUUGAUGUAGACCCUGUAACAGGGUUGGGGUGGCUGGCCUUACUCACAGGCCCUUUCUUUUUCCGGUCUGCGAAGUGUCAUGGCGUCGUAAGGCCUCUACAGUUGUGUUGUAUAAGAAUAGACAAUCGUCAGUUUAGGCUGGAACACUUGGUUUAUUUGAUCUCGAUAAGUAUUUAAAAUAUUACACUGCAUGAGGCUUUAUUAUAAAGACGAAAGAUCGAAUUGUAGGAUAGUGAUCGACGUUUGUUUGCACGCGAGCUGCGGCUGAUGAUUUCAAUUAUAUUUUAUUUAUUAUGGUAACAUUAAGUAUCAAACUAUAGGAUAUGUACAGACUUAGCUUUCACGAAAGGAAAACGUGAAAUACUGCAGAAAAGAUAAAAACCACCUGAACCCGAGGUGCUUUACAAUUUUAUCCUUUUGUAAGAAGGGUGUGUAACGCGCAGGUCCUAUGGUGUAAUGGUUAGCACUCUGGACUUUGAAUCCAGCGAUCUGAGUUCGAAUCUCGGUAGGACCUCGAAAAUAUUUUUCUCCCAUCGUGUUUCAUACUUUUUCUCAUUAAGUUCUCGAAAACAACAAAAUUUGUUACAUGAAAGCGAUACGACUGUCGUUAUCGAAAAGCACGUGAUAAAGCGGAAGUUAGCACCGAGAAGUUCAUUUCACGCCUCCCAACAAAUGCGACAUGAAGCUUUUAGGCAUACAUAAAGUGUCUCUUUUAUUUUUCCUGAUUUGGCUACAGCCAUCGAAGUCAUGCCCCUGCAAAGUGUCAUCGUUAUGCAAUCCUAUCAAGAACACUACUCGCCAAGAGAUUUUUGUAUUUUCUCUUCAAAACAAGCCAUCAUCAUGGGAAAAGUUUGACUGGGACAAAGUAACAACUGUUGUUACAGUAGGCUACAUUAGUCAGGAACUUAUGUGCCUUGCACAUUCCUAUGGCUCCAGAGUGGUCUUAAUUGAUCAGAUGCCAGUAUCAAACAUGACAAAUCCGUCAGAUCGAACCAACUGGAUUAACGAACAGCUAGACAUUGUGAAAACCAAUUUUUAUGAUGGAAUUAACAUAGACUUUGAAGACGUUAUUCUUCAGAACCAGACAGAUGUGCGUAAGGCUCUUACAUCUUUAGUGAUGGAAACAACAGCCGCUUUUAAAAGUGUGUCUCCAUUCUACCAGGUUACAGUAGAUGUUGCUUGGAGUCCAGACUGCAUAGACUUGCGUUGCUACGAUAAUGUAGGAUUGGCCGAAGCUUCAGACUUUCUUUUUGUGAUGGCCUAUGAUGAACAGAGCCAGAUUUUUGGAGACUGCACUGCACGAGCAAACUCUGACUACUACAUGACAGAAAAAGGAAUUUUUGGUUACCUGAAACUUGGUAUAAAGCCCGACAAGCUUGUACUUGGUGUCCCAUGGUAUGGUUAUGAUUACCCCUGUGAAACUUUAUCUAAGGAUGAUGUUUGCACUAUCAAGCAAGUCCCUUUCCGUGGUGUCAAUUGUAGUGAUGCAGCAGGGCAUCAGAUUGACUACAGGGCAAUCUACCCUCUUAUGAUCAAUGGUUCAACUGGUGGUAGGAAGUGGGAUUCAGCAGCACUUUCUCCAUACUUUAAUUACUUGGACAAAGCCACACAACAGAUGCACCAAGUCCGCUUUGAUGACCCCAUAAGCUUGCGUCUGAAGUAUGAAGUGGCUGAAAUGUUUAAUCUCAGGGGUGUUGGAACCUGGAACAUUGAUUGUCUGGAUUUUUCAGAUGCAUCUUAUGCAAAAGAACAAACAAGUCUCAUGUUUAAAGCAUUUCCCAACUAUCCCAGAAGUUAGAAGUUUUGUAUAUUUUUUUAUAUAAAACUGGAAAAGGCUCACAUCAGAUUGCUCUUAUGUUCAAUAAUUGGCUAAAGAGACAAAGUUGUUUUCCUACAUCUUUUCCCUUAAAAUUUAUGUUGAUGUGAAUUUGCUUCCCUUGUGUCAGAUCUGCCUGUAUUGGCAUCAUUUCAUUUCAAUUAUUUAACUCCCUCCCACGUCAAACCAGGUAUCUCUUGAUACUUCUUUUGAAAAGGUUUUGUACCUAUUAUUUAUACUUUAUAAUUACAGCUUCUUAUUCUCUCUGCAUUUUUUAUGAACUGUAUGCAUGGGUACGAAUACGUUUAACUACUUGUGCAUCUCAGCAACAUUUCUUGCCCUUAAUUCUUUAUAGCUUCCUCAUUUGGCCCAAAACCACAUUCACUCAUUAAAUUAGCUAGAAACUAUGUUAAGCCUACAAGAGUGCAAUUGUUUCUCAAAACCCGGAUGAGCUCCAUACAAGACAGUAUAUUUUCCUGAAAUCUGUGUGAAUGCUUCUCGUCUCCCCUGCCAUAAUUUUUUUCGCAAGAUGUAGCUGCCACACAUCAUCCUGCACAGAAGGUUCAUGAUGCAGUUACAUUGUCAAGAUAACAGCUAUCAAGACAGCAGGAACCAUAUGGUAAUCAGAUGCAUCCUUGACAUUUAUGGCAUUGUGGGUUUGAUCUCUUGACAUGGAAAGGGGUGUUUUUAGACUGGUUACUUAAGAUCAGAGGGAGAAAGAUGCUAAGAUAUACAUAAACCGAGUUCAACUCAUUGAAUUAAAAAAAGUAUUAGGUUCAUGUAUACUUCUGACAAAAUGGUACUAAGCAUGUAGGAUCUCAGCUGUAUUUAACUCCACAUUUACCCCAGAAGAAAUGCUUGGCUAAUUAAGAAAAAGAGAUGGAUGUAUGCUUGCAUGUCUACACAUUUCAAAGAGAACAGGACCUACAUUAAAGACAGCUUAAUGUUAUCAAAACAUUACUUCAAAGUUCUUUUUUCCUUUCAACCAGAAACAUUCAUAGUGCAGGAUCUUUUUAGCUGUAUAACUGUUGGCAGCAAAAUAACUGACUUCUAAUUUUAAAUGCUUUUGAAAACCGUAAUGAUAGAGAAAUUUAUAAAAAGUUAAAAGUGUAUUAACAUGCUAGUUUCUGCUAUUAUUUACAGCCAACAUGUGAGCUUUGCUUUCUGCAUGUUGGUGCCAUAAUCACAUGAGUGUUGAAUCCCUGUUUUGUGCUCAGGAGCAACUGUGACUUUCGUGUUAAAAUCUCAUAACACCUAAGGCAAAAUUUUUAUUAAAAAGCAUGUUCAUGUACAAAAAGAUUCAUGGUGUAUAUAUAUUUCAGUCUCCAAAACGGAUAAAUCAUCAGAAGAAAAUAAAAACUCGGGGUGAAAUGUA